ACUUUAAAUGCCUUUGCACAGUACAGCUCUGUCAGACCUGGUAAGGUCAGAAGGCUUUUACUCCUGAAAGAAGAGGGCAUUUCAGCCUGAGUGUUAUUGGCUUUUCAACAUGGAGGCAGAACACUGCAAAAUGAAUGGAGACCCCUUCCUGGAGUCUAUGUACAUCGAAGAACACACAAAUGAAAGUAGCUUCAUCUCUUUGAUUUUCUCUCUGAAAGAAGAAGUUGGGGCACUGGCUAAAGUUCUGCGCAUAUUUGAGGAAAAAGGUAUAAGCCUGACCCACAUUGAGUCCAGACCUUCCCGCCUCAACAAAGACGAGUAUGAAUUUUUCAUCAAUCUGGAUAGCAGAAACACUCCUUCUCUAGACAAGAUCAUCAGGACUUUGAGAAAUGAUAUCGGAGCAACUGUUCAUGAACUUUCCCGUACAAAGAAGAAGGAUACAGUGCCAUGGUUCCCUAGAAGUAUCCAGGAGCUUGACAGAUUUGCCAAUCAGAUCUUAAGCUAUGGAGCUGAGCUGGAUGCAGACCAUCCUGGAUUCAAAGAUCCUGUGUACCGAGCCCGGAGAAAGGAGUUUGCUGAUAUUGCCUACAACUACAGACAUGGGCAACCUAUCCCUGAAGUGACUUACACAGAGGAAGAAAAGAAAACAUGGGGCAUUGUCUUUCGGGAGCUAAAGACCCUUUAUCCAACCCAUGCCUGCUAUGAGCACAACCAUGUAUUCCCAUUACUGGAAAAGUACUGUGGUUUCCAUGAGGAUAAUAUCCCACAACUUGAAGAUGUUUCCAGGUUCUUGCAAAGUUGCAGUGGAUUCCGCUUACGUCCUGUUGCUGGCCUGCUGUCAUCUCGGGAUUUCUUGGCUGGUUUAGCAUUCCGAGUGUUUCACUCUACACAGUACAUUCGUCACGGAUCCAAACCAAUGUACACCCCAGAACCUGACAUUUGCCAUGAACUCCUCGGACAUGUGCCUCUCUUUGCUGAUCCAAGCUUCGCUCAGUUUUCACAGGAAAUUGGACUUGCAUCUUUGGGAGCCCCGGAUGAAUACAUUGAAAAACUUGCUACGGUUUAUUGGUUUACUGUGGAAUUUGGGCUCUGUAGAGAAGGUGAUUCCAUAAAGGCCUAUGGUGCUGGGCUCCUCUCUUCAUUUGGCGAGUUACAGUACUGUUUAUCAGAUAAGCCUGAGGUUCAACCCCUGGUCCUAGAGAACACUGCAGUUCAGCCGUACCCUGUCACUGAGUUCCAGCCUAGAUACUAUGUUGCUGAAAGUUUUAAAGAUGCAAAGGAAAAAUUAAGAAAAUUUGCUUCAACAAUCCCUCGCCCUUUCUCUGUUCGUUACAAUCCAUACACCCAAAGGAUUGAGGUUCUGGACAAUGCAAAGCAGUUAAGGAAUUUAGCUGACACCAUCAACAAUGAGAUGGGAAUUCUUUGCAGUGCCCUCCAGAAGAUCAAAUGAAGCAUCUUUUAGAAGCCUGUCUGCUGAGAGACACUUGCAGAAGUGACUGUGUAUGAAUGUUAGUUUUCAUCUAGCUUCACAUUAGCAUCUCCCUGUGUAUUGUGUGCAAACUUAUAAAGAUAUGCAUUUUUCAAUUACUAUAGAUUAGCAGCAAAAGAAACUGGUGUCAAUGACUCUGAACUCUAAACUCUGGCUACAGAUUAUACAAUAUAUAUAUUUGCCAGUGUGGAUAAAAUUCGCCCUGGGUGCAUCUACAUAUGAAAUCAAUGCGUCACAAUAAACUCUGGAGCAGUUCUGGAGUCAACUGCUUCCAGGCACAGUGUCUACCCAUGACCUGGGGGCAGCAGCCUUUGAGCCAGGGUAGAGCAGGCCCCUGGCUGACUGUGCUGACCAGGCACAAUGUAUGUCCCAUCACCAUCUGCACAUGUGUUUCAGUGCAGUAAAGUACUCUGCCGUAAUAUAGUGCUCAACAGUAUUAUCUUAUGGCAGAGUUAAUUAGUUUACUGCACCCUAAUACCAGUGCAUGUGUAGACUGUGAUGCUUUACUGGGCACAUCUACAUGUGUGCCCCACUGUGCAGUUGGUACUUGCUUUAGCUUAGGUUUCCAACCCCACUGCAGUAGCAACAAGCUACUGCACAGUAGCAGUGGUUAGGUUAGCUUAGUGCUUAGGUUAGCUCAUUUACUACUUCCUUUAGCUUUAGGUUUCCGACCCUACUGCACAGUAGUAACAAGCUACUGCACAGUAGCUGCGGUGUCAUGGUCAGUGCCUGCUGAAACUAUGUUGCUGCUCAUUGCUACAGCAAUGCAGUGUCUUGUGUAGAUGCUCCCACUGUGAAGUGAGUAAGUCUACUCUGCAGUAGAGCGCACAUGUAGAUGCACCCUCUAGUACUGGGAAUCUACCCAAGGAUUUCAGAUCUCUUCAGCCUGAAUCCUGUGAGGUUCAUAGAUUCAUAGAUUGUGAGGGGCUGGAAGGGACCUUGCAAGACCAUCGUGUCCAGCCCCCCUGCACUAGGAAGGAAAGACACCUGGGCUCAAGUGACCCCAGCAAAGUGACUAUCCAGUCUCCCCUUGAAGAUUUCCAGAGUAGGUGAUUGCAUCACCUCUGGAGGGAGUUUAUUCCACAGUCUGGAUACUAACUGGGAAGAAGUUUUUUCUAGUGCUAAGCCUGAAAUAGUCUUCCAGGAGUUUGUGGCCAUUACUCCUAGUUUUCCUCAAGGGUGCCCUGAUGAACAGUUGAUCACCGAGUCCUUAAUGUAUUCCUCUGAUAUAGCAGUAAUCUGCUACCAAGUCCUCUCUCAGCCUUCUCUUUUUUAGGCUGAAGAAACCCAAGUCCCUCAGCCUUUCCUCAUAUGGCUUGCCUUGCAAGUCUCUGAUCAUACAGUGGCUCUUCUCUGGACUCUCUCAAGCUUUUCCAUGUCCUUGUUGAAGUGUGGCACCCAGAACUGGAUGCAGUACUCUAGCUGCUGUCUCACCAAUGCUGAGUAAAGCAGAAGAAUUAUUUCUUUGGUUUUGCUUGAGAUGCAUCAGUUGAUGCAUGCUAGAGUAUUGUUUGCCCUGCUGGCUACAGCACUGCACUGACUUCUGAUGUUCAUACUAUGGUCUAUUAUUACCCCUAGGUCCCUUUCAGUCAUGGUACUAGCCAAUCUGGCACCACUGAGCCUGUAAGUAUGUUGGGGAUUGCUUGUUCCUAGCUGGAGCACUUUACACUUCUCAAUGUUGAACUUCAUUUGGUUCCAAUCUACCCAACUUGCUAGCCUGUCUAGGUCUGCCUGUAUCUGCAGCCUAUUUUCAAGCAUGACCACACUUCCCCAUAACUUGGUGUCGUCUGCGAACUUGGCUAGUGAGCUCUUCACCCCCACAACCAAAUAAUGGAUAAAGAUGUGGAAAACCACUGGACCAAGCACAGACCCCUGAGGGGCACCAUUGAACACUUCACACCAGGAUGACACAGACCUGUUCAUUAGAAUACUUUGGAUCCUACCUCACCACCAGCUUCCUACCCACCUGACUGUCUAGCAGUUAAGCCUGCAAUCCUCCAAUUAUUCCAUGAGAACAUCACAGGAUACCAGAUCUAAGGCCUCUUGGAAGUCUAGGUAUACAAUGUCAACCUCCUCUCUUUUAUCCAGGUGGCAAGUUACCUGGUUGUAGAAGGAGACAAGAUUGGUAAGACAAGACCAGCCCAUGACAAAGCCAUGCUGCCUGUCAUUCAGAACCUUACCUUCUGCAAGCCUAUUGCACAUAGACUUUUUGAUGAAUUUUUCCAGGAUUUUCCCUGGGAUAGAAGUUAGGCUAAUAGGCCUAUAGUUGCCUGGGUCCUCUCUCAUCCCCUUCUUGAAGAUGGGCACAACAACACUGGCCCUUUUCCAGUCUUCAGGGACCUGCCACAAGUUUUGGAAGAGUUUUGCCAGAGGUCCUGCAAUGACUUCAGUCAGCUCCUUCAGCUCUCUAGGAUUAAGUUAAUCUGGUCCUGCUGACUUAUAAAUGUCUAACUUUUCUAACUGAUCAUGCACUAGCUCAAUGUCAACAGUAGGAAGGCAGUCAUUCCCACCAUACCCAUUCUGAACCUUAUUUAGUAUGAUUUUCCCCUUAGUCCAGUGAAAUACCAAAGCAAAGUAGUAAUUCAGGAGUUCAGUUUUCUCCUGAGUGUCAGUAACCUCUGUCCUGAGUUGUUAAGCAAUGGCUCCACACUUCCAUUUGUUUUCCUCCUGUUCCCUACAUACCUAAAGAAGGACUUCUUAUUGUCCUUGAUUUAUGUAGCUAGUUUAAAUUCACUCGCUGCCUUAGCUUUUCUAAUCUGCUCCCUACAAGUGGGGCCAUUGUUGUAUAGUCCUUCUUGGGGACUGUCCCAAGCUUCCAUUGUUUGUCUGCCUCUUUCUUCUUUUUCAAGGGGACCAUGAUAUCCCUAUUAAGCCAAGAGGGCUUACCAGCCCUUCUGCUACCUUUUCUCCACAUGGGAAUGGACUUCUUUUGUGCUUUGAGGAUCGUGUCCUGGAGGAACGACCACUCUUCAUGUACUCCUUUCACCCUCAGUGGGCUGUAUUACCAUCCAUGCACUAGUGAUAAUGUAGGAAUGGAGAGAAGUUGUUAGCUGUGUUAGUCUGAAAUCAGGCAGAAGGCAGGGUCAAAUUGUACCUUCUAGACCAGCUAAAUCAGAGAUAAAAUGGCCAGGAGCAGAUUCACCCCCUUGCCUCCAUCCUUCUCACAGUCUCACCCCUCAAAAUACAGCCAGGCAGCACUUCCUUGGAGAUCUAGGAAUGCAACCUUCUUGUCCCCAUACUUCCUGUUCCUGGUGAAUUUUACCUUAAGAAUUUUUGUUUUGAGGAAGUGACUUCAAGGCUGAAUAAAGUGUAGGUGCUGGGGGUUAAUGUUGUGAACACAUCCCUUGGUGUUAAACUACUGUACUCACAUAGGUUUAGGGACUUAAGCAAUGUGACACUUAGUGUUGUAGCAUGUCACUUACAGCCGCCUGGCCUCUGAGUUAGGUGCCUGGACUCUUUAUGCAGUGCAUGGAGAAUGAGGUGCCUGAACUCCUUGCACAAUGGCUCUGUGGUAUUAGGUUCCUCAGACUGGGAUCCAUAAAACCAGCACACUGGGACAGGAGCUGCUUAAGCUAGCCAAUAUGGAAAUACUGAGGGCAAGGGUCUGUCUUAUACCAUGGUGUUCUCUGGAGCUUUGGCAUCUUAUUCAGUACUGCCAGGAGCUACCUUCUGCCCUUCAGAAUUGACAGCCUGGGAUCUCUCUUUAGGGUGGGUGCCUACACCUUUGGUGUCAGAAAUACAGCAGUUGUCAUGCAUCUGAAGUAGGCACUACUGCCCCUGUCUCACACAAUAGCGCUGCAGUUAGAGCACUUCUCCAGCCUGUGGGAAACCUAGAUUCAACUCCCUUUCUGCCUGAAAAGGUUCUAGCUUACCUCUUCCACCUCCCAAGAGAGCUUCUCAACCACUAAGCAAUAGAAACCAAGACAUCCCUUUAUCCUGACUUCUUGUUGGUGUUCUACUUUGCAUAGAAUAAAUAAGAUUCACUGGUCCAGAGAGAAGAAACAAGAGUGAGCAUGAUCCUAUGGCUUAGGGUGCUCACAUGGUAAUGAUGAUUCCCAAGUUCUAUUCCUUCUGGUACACAUUGUUUAAGCAUUUUAUCUAGACUGUUUCACUUUAGAUGUCCAAGUCCCUUUUUUGGAUCUGGGUCAUAGAGUAUAAUAUCUUCCUAUAGCUCAUAGCUCAAGGACUAAAUUGGUAGCUCUCAGUUUGUAUACUUAAACUAUACUGAGCUAAGCAGUGUAACUCAGUGUUUCCUACUAGAAACAAUUUUGCAUAAUUACACUACAAUGAUAUAAGAUUCACAUUUUUUUAGAGGUUCUAAAGCUAUGAAGGGUUUUACAAAUAUUAUUUGAAAGUCCACAAAAUCUCGUAACUAUUAUCGCACCACUUUUAUACCUAUGUCUUGAAAAUCAAUGGAUCUUUAAUGCAAACAUGAUCCAUGAAGGGAAUAGACAGUACAGCCGCUUCUAUUACAUUUAUGGAAUGUAAUAGCAUUAACCUAAGGAUACCAGCUGGGACCCUUUUGAAUGGAAGUAUACUUAUGCAAAAUGGUAUCGUUUGGUGCUUUGAAGUAUGAUUUUUUUAUCAUCUUCCUUUUUUUGGAGUGGGGGGAAGAGAAGGGAAAGGGGAUUAAUGUCUGUGCAGAUCUUCAAUGCCUGCCUAGCUAUUAUUGUGAAAAUGAAAGUAGACCAUAUUUCUUCUCUCUUAAUAUAGCUGUUCCCAUAAGGCGACUAUGUUCACAAAAAGAUGUUUUUAUCACAAGUUUAAAAUCUUUCAGUAUAAUCUGCUAGUUGUCAAGAUAUAUUGAAGUUGCUGCACUGAAUAGAUAGGUAGAUAAACAUUUGUGUUGCUGUUGAGGAUACAGCAUUCAUGGUCUUCCUUUAUAAUUCAGUGGACUUGUUAAACUGACUUGACAUUUAUGGUCUGAUUCUGUGUCACUUAAAUGGAUGUAAAUCAGUAGUAAGUCCAGUGAAGUUAAUGGAGUAAUACUGGUGGAAAAGUAACCUUAAAUGAAUGGAAGAAAUACUUAAGAAAUGGAUGGAACAAACUAAAACUAGGCUUUCUUACCAAAAGUCAAGCUAGUACAUUUAUUCUUAAACAUUUAAAGUAAUUUACAUUAAAAUCAAUACUUUUUAGAGAAUAAUUAUUUUGUUUCAGCUUAAAAUCUCAAAAGUUGUAAAAAAUGUAUUUUUUGUUCUUUCUGGUGAACUAAUAUCAUUCUGUUUUGUACACUAAACUCAGAUUUAAGCCAGUAUUAAACCAACUAAUUACAUGGUGAAAGAACAUUGUAAAAUAGUGCAUAGGAACAAGUUUGUUCCUAAAGAACACUUCAUAAUAUUUUGAAAUUCUGCAACAAGAAUAUCAAAAUGCUUUGAAAUCACAAACUAAGAAAUCUCACAAAGUUAGUCCAGUACUUAUAUCUACAGUUUCAUCUAGCUGCUAUGUUAGUGAUACCUAUGGUAUUAUGACGUAAAUAGUACUUGACAUCCAGUCUCACACACUAAUAACUUCUGCCAUGUUUUUUCUUUCAUUGCUUUUUGUAGAAUGAGCUGAAAUAUCCACAGUGUCCUAUCUUCCAUGUCUGAUUAAGGUGAUUUAAGAGAUUAUGGUAUAACAACUCUCACAAUGUUUACUUGCCUCAGAUCUCUUUGACCUAUUACAAGUGGGGUAUCAAUCUAGUUAUGCAAUAGACUGUGCGCUGGUAGAUGUCCUCCUCUGGGCAAUGGAAGAAGAUCUGGUUAAAACAGUUAGAUUAAGGAAGCUGCCUUUGGCAGGUUAAUCAUGAAGUUGUUUUUCUUGAAAAUGAGGAAAUUGUAGGGAGAAGGACAACUGAAAUUGUUAAGUUGCUCACUAGUGAUGAGUUACUUUGGAGUGUACUGGCCCUUAGUAUGAAUUUUUAAGUAAUGCCAAGGAUGUAUGGAUACAAGACCUAGCAAACAUUUAAAUGUAUAGAUUUAGAUAAAUUUAUAUACACAAAUAUAUUAACACUAUGUCUGUUUAUUUUAGAGACUGCUGUAAAAAUAGAUAACAGGUGGUAAAAGCCAGAGGACAAAAAGAAUUUCUGCUGAAAUUACUUAAUAGUUUCUGGGUGGUUGUCUUAGUCUUUUUUUUCUAAGCAUCUAUAAUGUGCACUAUUGGAGGGGAUUUUAGCUCUUUUCAAUAUUAAUUUUUUUUAUUUGCUUAUGAGUACAUAGGAAAUUAUAGCUUCAUAAAAUGGAACAGACAUUAAUAAUGCAAGUCAGAUGUCUUCAUCAAAUGAUGACCAUAUGUUAUACAUACUUCUUGUUCAUAACCUGUAUUUUGAAGCAUUUGCUUUUCAUCUUAAGCAGAGGGGGAAACCCCCUCCAACCUAGCUACAUAAGUUUCUGGAUUUGAAUUUUAGAGCUAGCAUUUCAUUCCUAGGUUUAACUGCCAGCAGAAAUCCAGUUACUCUGGUUCUUACUGCAUUCAAACCAUUACUUUCCUCUAUUUUUUAUUAAAUGUCAUAGGUGCACCAUUGUUUUUAUGAUGAUCUAUUAUCAUGUUCUUUUUAAAGCGAAAUGCCUACAGAGUUACGUAUAUAUUCAAUGUAUAUUUCAGUAGCAUUGGCCAAUUAGUUGUGUACAUGUUAAAAACAAAAAAUGAAAGUUUAUAUUAUUUUAGGUAAAUAGUUAAUAAAAAUAUAUUAACCAGA